CAGCGCUUUUUUUGCUACCCUUCACAACUUUCCAUUUGCGCCUCUUCUAUCGCGUAGAGGCUUCCCUGGCACUGUCAACCUUCUAGUUGUCGUGCCUCCAUCUCCCUUUACAGCGGAGUUCAUCCCUUCGACUUUCGCCGCAGCCAGAGCUCCGACCUCAACGGUUCGGAACUGCCUGCGCUGUGAAUCUCCUCUCAACGGGUUUUCCCAAAAUCCAAAGAGUCUCGGGUACAUCGCAUUCACCACUACCACCAGCACAAAGAGCGGCUUCCGUUCAUUCGAGACAGUCGCCGCUUCGUGGUCACGGCCGAGAAUCAGAUAAUCACCCAUCCUUCAUCAGACCGCAGGCUCGGACGACUUUUCCAGCAAACGCUGCCUCUGUCCUCCACUUCGUUUCAGCCUUUCAGUCAACCUCGCAUCAUUUUUGUGCGAUCCCUCUACCCAUCCAUCUUAUCUGAUGAAUAGCACAUCUACGCAACCUCCAACGAGUCGAUCGAAACCUGCUUCGUCUGCGACAGGCGCUCAGACCCUAGAUCUUGCGAACGGAUCGAAUUUGGCUGCUCAAAGCCGAACGUCGCUCCCACCCGCCACCAACUCUUCCUCUUCCAAACCAAAUGCAUCGGAGCCCAACAAAAUGUCUGCAGCAGUUGGAGGUGCUCCACCAGCACACGGUCAUAGCGAAUCAGUAAACGGAAGAAAUCCUACCAUUCCCGCGAUCCCUUCAGUCAACGGCAACGUCUCUCUGCCAGACCACACCCGCAAGACUUCCAUGACAGUCACACCCGCAGGUACCACUGCUUUCACAGCCAACGGAGGCGCACCGGGUGGCCCCCAAAAUAAGCCUGGAAUUCAGUUCGGUUCAAUCGGAAUGUCCAAUCCUGGCAGUUCCCCUGCGAUGGGCACGCCAAACCUGGCUCAACAAAACUCCUCAAACCUCGGCGUCAAUCAACUGAAUCCGCGAGAUACUGCUCAGUCAAAUUCUCCAUCUCCUAUUCCUCAGCCAGCUUUAGUCAGUGGUGGGCGACCUCCAACCUCAUUCCAGGGCCCAAGUAACGGAUACACUUUUGGAAACAUGCCAAAUGCGCCAGUCGAUGCAAGUGAUCCAAUGUUGGCUCGAUCUCACAUGCCAUUAGGACCUCAGCAAGAGCACAUGAGACGAGGAUCAUCACAGUCCAUGCACAGUGACGCUGGUCUUCCAUCAGGACCCAACCGCACUGGCUUCCAAGGCCGUGGUAGCAAAAACUUCAAUCCCCCAUAUCAACAGCAGAUGCAGUACUCGCCUCACCAGUCAUUCCGCCCCCCACCCAAUGGCCGCGUCAUGCAAAAUCAAUAUCAAGGACGAGGUCAACCGAUGCCCUAUCAAGGCUCCCCAGCCAUGGGCACCCGCAGCCCAGCCCUUGUUAACGCCACCCCAGGAACACCCAAUAUGACCCAGAUGCAUAUGGCGACCGGUAUGCCCGGACAACCGAAUGGAUAUUAUAUGGGACCCCAAUAUGGCUUCGGUAUCCCUACCCAAGCUGAUCCUAGUAUUCAAAUGUUGUAUCAACAGCAGUAUCAUGGAUCGGCAGGCAUGCAGGGACAAUACCCUCCUCCGUUCAUGCCACCUCAAUCUCCUCGACCCCCUUUCCAACAAAAUGCAUUCCCACCAAAUAUGCAACCUGCCUACAGUAAUCAAGGUGCACCCCCCUCGAUGUCCAGGCAGUCUUCGCAAAUGUCUGCUCCCGAGCGGCCGGGGUCUAGUGUUGGUCAAGCGCCUCACACUCCUGGACCAUCUGGGCCUCAGCAGACCGCCCGCACCCCCAGCGUCUCUGGGCAGAAACCUAGCUACACCAUCCCACCGAAGAAGAGUGCAGCAAUCACCAUCAAGAACACAGCUGGCGAGGUGGUCUCAUUCAGUAAACCUCCUCCGUCUCCUGCAGCCGCCACACCUGUCUCGGCCACGGCUCCUCCAUCAGUACCUACGCCUCCUAGUCGGACAGCGAGUGCUGCGGACAACACUCACAAUCGAACAGACAGUGCGAGCGCAAAGUCGGCGGAGGAGGCAAAGAAGUCCAUGCAAGAGGCCAUUGCCAAGAAAAUCGCCGAAGACGAGGCUAAGAGCAGGCUGCAGAAAGAGAUGGCUGAAAAGGCGCAGAUGGAGGAGGAAGCUGCUGAGGCUGCCGAACGAGAAGCCGCCGAAUCCAAAACCCGAGCAGAGGCCCUGGAGAAGGAGGCCGCUGAUGCUGCAGCUCGCAAGGCCGCCGAAGAGGCUAAACAUGCUGAAGAGGCAAAACAUGCUGAAGAGGCAAAACAGGCUGAAGAGGCUGCAGCUCGCAAGUCCGCCGAGGAGGCCGAGAUUGCUAAGAAGGCUGAAGAAGAAAAGUCAAAGGAGGAAUCAGCAAAGCCUCCUAAUAAGGCAGACGAAGAAGAAAUCGAUUUCGACGCUAUCGAGGCCGAAAUGGCGGCCAUUGAAGCAGAGGAAGCACGUCGCGAGGAAGAGUACAAGAAGAAGAAGGCUGCCGCACUCGAAGCUCAACGCAAGAAGGAAGAAGAGGAUGCAGCAGCUUAUGAGGCUAAGAUGAAAGAGAUGGAGCGCAAGGCUGAAGAAGAGGAGCUUGCACGCGAAAAGGAGAAAGCUGAAGGAGCAACAGACGACGAGGCCAGCAAAAAAUUGUUUGCUGAAUUGAAGGCCAAUCCUUUCGGCACUCCUGCUUCGACUGAGAGCCCUGCUGCUCACACUCCUGCCGAAAGUGGCACCGCCACCCCUGUGUCCGACGUCUCGAUGCCUCCUCCUGCCGCGAAGGCUCCAGCUAAACGUGGUAAGGCUGCUGAACUCACUCUUGAUACGAAGAAGCCCGUUGAGCCACCGGAGCCCAGUGCGACAUUGAAAGCCCUCCAGUCAGCCAAGAAGCUUCAAGACCUUUCCAAAGUCCAUUAUCCCUCCGAAAUUGCGUCGCCAAACCCAGCGCUCAAUGCCAAUGCGCCGGCCGACCGCAAAUUCAAGUACAACAAAGAGUUCUUGUUGCAGUUCCAGAGCGUCUUCAAGGAGAAGCCAUCUUUGGAUUGGGACACCCGCAUUAGAGAUGCUUUGGGUGACGGCGACACGUCGGCGCGAGCAGCUUCUGCCAGGACGCCGUCCGGUAUGGGUGGUCGCAGCGCAUCGUCCCGAGGACCUCCACCCAUGAGCAACUUCGGGCCUAUGGGCAGCUUUGGAGGCGCUCGUGCUAAUCUACCUCCUGGCACAACUUCCGAACAACGAUUUGCUGCCUCUAAUGCUGCCAUGAGAAGUGGACCCAUGGCAGGUAAUCCCUUUGCUCAAUUCGGACGUCCCGGUCAGAUGGCUCCUGCCAUGGGACGCACUCCUUCUAGUGGUCCCCUCGGUCCCAUUCCUGGUUCCCCCCGUAUUGGUGGUGCGAGCCGAGGUGGAUCUCGUGCCGAGAGCAAACGAGGCAAGCAAGGACAUAAGGGAGCUCACGAAGAGAACAAGUCAAUGCCUCUUACAGCCGGCAUGAACAUCGGUGCUCUCGAAGUGUCUUCCACUGGAUGGAAGCCCCGCAGUCUCGGGCAGAAUGCUGCUCCAGGUCCCGCUCCCGGAGGUGAUGGCUUGAUGGAGCCUGAUGUCGUUCAGCGCAAGGUCAAGGCUGCUCUCAACAAGAUGACUCCAGAAAAGUUCGACAAGAUUUCGGACCAGAUCUUGGAGAUCGCCGCCCAAUCCAAGCAUGAAUCAGACGGUCGUACGCUACGUCAAGUUAUUCAGCUCACUUUCGAGAAGGCUACUGAUGAAGCCCAUUGGGCCCCAAUGUACGCCGCUUUCUGCCGUAGAAUGUUGGAAAGCAUGAGUGCGGACAUCAGAGACGAGGGCAUCAAGGACAAGGCCGGCAACGUCGUCACAGGUGGUAAUCUUUUCCGAAAGUAUCUUCUAAACCGGUGUCAAGAAGAAUUCGAACGAGGCUGGAAGAUCAAUAUUCCCCGAGCAGAGGGUCAGUCUGAGGAGGCUGCCAUGCUGUCCGACGAGUAUUACAUCGCCGCUGCUGCCAAGAGACGUGGUCUUGGUCUCGUCAAGUUUAUUGGCGAACUGUUCAAAUUGCAGAUGUUGACGGAACGUAUCAUGCACGAAUGUGUGAAGAAGCUUGUUGACUACGAAGGCACUCCCGAGGAAGCCGAGAUCGAAAGCUUGACGAGCUUGCUGCGUACUGUUGGCAGACAACUCGAUGACCCUGAAAGCAAGGGUAAAGGCCGUAUGGAUGUCUACUUUGACCGCAUCAACCACAUGGUCGCCAUUCCGGAUCUACCGAGCCGUCUCAGAUUCAUGCUCAUGGAUGUGAUCGAACUCCGAGCAAAGGGUUGGGUCUCGAAGGAGGACGAUAAAGGCCCCAAGACCAUCGCCGAGAUUCACGCCGAAGCUGAACGGAAGGCGCGUGAAGACGAGCUCCGGAGACUUGCCCAGCAAGGCGGCCGCGGUGGUGGAGGUAGACUGCCAAUGGGUCGGGGCGAUGCACGAAGCUUCAGUGGGUACGGAGGACAAAUUCCACCUCCCGACACCUCGAACCGUGUCGGUAGUGAUGAUCUGCGAAGACUUGGCAACCGCAACGCUCGCAACCCAAGUAAUACCGGCGCCGGCACUCUCGGGCCACCGAGCCUGCUCGGUCCACGUACGAACAGUGGCCGACGUGGUCUCGGACCUGGAGGCUUGCUCGGUCGCGGAGAUGAUAGCGCUACCAGCAGCCGCACUGGAACACCUCCGGCUGGCAAAGAAAAGGAGAAGAAGGAUGAGUCCAGUACCAAUGCUUUUAGUGCUCUCGCCGCUCUUGAAAAUGACGCACCUGGCUCACCACCAUCCAAUCCCGCAUCUCCCCCCACACAAAAGUCUCAGCCCAGUAUCGAGGGAGAACGAUCAAGAUCACCGGACAAAGCCGAGUGAAUCUUCUCAGCCUGAUCAAAGUGUACAACAUAAUACCAUUCGAGCACUAAUACUUGACUGACGGCCGCUUGUGGGGAGGUUUGGCAGACGAUGUGCAUUGAUACCCGGCGUGAGCCACAUGUUUUAGCAUUUACAGCACAGCGGAUUGGUUGGGCUGUUGAACCAAAAUUAUUUCACCGUCAAGUUCCAAGAAGAGACCUUCGAUUGCACUCGAAAGCGAUAGAGAGAAUGUGUUUUAUCACCAAAUACAUUGCGUCUUCAACUACCGGAUGGGUGGAGCAUUUUUUCGGCGUCGUGUUUUACUAGUACACAAAAGUGAAUGGAGCAGCUGCAUGAAGGCACGAUUGCUUGCAUACUUUCCAUGCUGACUCCUUGUUCAUGUUACGUGGCAGUCUGGCUAGGCCUAAUCGAGAGAGGGAGCAGGUGGUGAAGGUCGUGGGAAGCCAGUGGUUGAGAGGCAAUCACCGAGAAGUAUCGCUCCACGGUCGAGUUCUAGUUCAUCGAGCAAGCCUGGUGAGGCGAGGAGUCUUCUGUGUUGUACAUUGCCAAAUUUCAAGAAUUCCUUCAUCAAA